AUGGAACUGAGGUGUGGGAUGAGGACCACCAAGUGCCAGCUGCUGGUGACCAGCCUCUGUGUCAUGCUGCUGGGACUCUCUAUCGCCACGCUGAGCACAGUCACCCACUAUGGGCUCCAUUUCACCCUCAUUAGCAAUGUCUCCCUGGACAACAAUGCCUACAAGGUCAUCCACCACACAGCUUUCUACUUUGGGAUCUGCCUGAGCAUGACCCUGAUCCUGGCAGCCCUGCUGAGCUCCGCCGCCAUGGUGCGGGAAUCGCAGUGUCUCACUGCCAUGGGAUUUUUCUGUUUUGCUCUGGCAUUUUGUGGAUUGAUCCCAGCUGCCUGCUGGAGAUACACACACAGCACAGAGGUGGAAGACAGCAUGAUGGAUGUGUAUGAUUUCGUGUAUGAGGAGGUAAGGAGGAACACCUCCAGCUUCAGAAGUCAUGAGCUGACAGCCAUCCAUGAAGCAUUCCUUUGCUGUGGGAAGCACUCUCCUUUUGGGGACACAACCAGUGUAGAGAACAAGACAUGCCCACCCGACCAAGUGCAUGAUGAAGGACAGGACUGCCUGCGAGAGAUCCAGGACUUUCUGAAGAAGCACAUGGACUUUGUCUUCUUGCUCCUGGGCAUCACCAUUGGCCUCACGGUUUAUGGGAUGUUCCUAACUUCAUUCCUCUGGUUCUCCAUCCACUUCAGCAGCAACCUGUACCGGAAAGGCAAAUACAUCCUGCGAGAGAGGUAGAAACCUGAGUCCUUGGACAUCCCUAC